CUUGUGUGUUAAACGCACAGUCAAAACCUGUUGUGAACCAAAGGAAAUUCCAUAUCAAAAAUAUGAAAAUCCUGCUCCACAACAUCAAACAUGAAGAUUGUGAUAUAAACAUAAAACAUCUUAGUAAAAGAAACAGGGUAGAGAACACGUCAAUGAAUACACCGAUGAAAAAUGUGUCAAAGCAGCAAAAGAAGCUGAAAGCAAAACAUGGGUCCUCGYCUGCCGGACAACAGAAUGCAGAAAAGAGCGGCAACAAGAAAUUCUCCUGUAUCUUUUGCAAAAAGCUGUUUGAUACAAGAUCCGGUCGAAAUAUUCACUCUCGUUUCCACAGGACAUGCAAAGGCUGCAAAAAGGUCCUCAAAGAUGUUUAUACUCUGCGUUGUCAUAUUACGUCAUGUGUAAAAUUUAAAAAUCGCAUGGCAAAGGAAGCCAUGAAACCUUCAACAAUCUACGCUGACAAGAAAAGCACAACUGAGCCCUUAAAAUUCACAGUGAAGGAGGAGAGCAUGGAGCUUUCUGUCAACAGUGAAACAUUCACCAGAAAUUACACAAAAGGCUGCACAAAUUCCAUUGAGACACAUGGAGAGCUUGGAUGGAUGAAGCCUUUAGAAUAUACUGAAGAUAACUGAGAAGCCCAGUAAAGAUAUGAAUCAAGAAAACACAAAAUCUUCUUCAAAUGAAUAAACUUCCGUAGGAGAGAGAGGCUCGAUACUUGAGGGAGGUCAUGCAUUUUAAAGUUUAGUUUCCAGCCUCCAUGACUGUCCAGUGUAAACAAACACAACAUCUUUAUAUCUGUCCAAACUUCAAAGGGAACUGUCCUAAAGCAGAACACAGUCCUAGAAUAUGUCUCAGGAAAGGGAAUGGACUGAUGCAACGUGUAAUUCAGCUACAUGUUUGUGGACAUUGGUCCCACUGGAAGUCAACAUUUAGCCUCGAGAUAAAGUUCUUUGUGUUUUGUUUUAUAUGUGAGGUGAAGUCAUAAAAAUAUACUCAAAGGGGACCUAUUAUGCAAAACUCACUUUUUAAAGUUUUUUUUACUCAUCUUUGGGUACGUACUUCUUAAAAAAUCAGUACUAGGACCAAAAAAAUGCAUCCAGGGUUAUAUUUACUCAAAGUAAAUGUAUUUUUUCAUGUAUAUUAAUGUCAAGUUUUCAAAUCCCGCGACCUGUGAUGUCACAAGUCGCACUCCGCCCACCCCAUGCAGAGACUCCGCCCACUUCUUCCCAGGACAGUCGCAGCCGGCCAGUGAACUGUUUCUYGGGGGACACUUUUCCUCGCAGCACCGCUCUGUGCGUUAGCAUGCUAAUGUUAUUGUUGAGCAGUUUGUUGCAKCGGCAGGUGCCAAUUCCGCUGCUUAUAUUGACUGACGUUAAAAAAAACAUCCCGUUUUUGCCAUCGCUGAAUGUAGUAAACACCUCUUCAGUGACGUGCAUGGUUAGAUUAAACACGCGAUGUUAAUAUGGAAACAUGGAGACACAUGGAGACUUUAGCAUGGUUCUAUUGUGAAAAGCCAGAGGGAAAUAGUUUUUGUAGCGGAGUUGAGUUGACUGGUGUGCAAGGUGAGUCGUGCUGUUAAUCUUUAUUAAAUAUCAUAAAAAAAUA